UCUCAACUGGGAGUAGGUGAGCUCCGAGAAAUCUAGCGCAUCUACCCCCGAAAGAGAGGAUCUAACCAGAGAGAGAGAGGAGAACCAACGAAAUUAGAGGUAUAAAGUAGAGAGAAAAAAAAAAAAAGAAAAGAAAAAGAAGAACACAUAAUAAGAAACUUCAUGGAGUUGUUUGAUGGGUACUCCCUCAGGAUUGAGAUCGUGGGGAUCGUCGUCGCCGUGUUCGCCAUCGCCGCCGCCUCCACCUAUCUAUUCUUCACCAAGAAAUCAAAGGGCUGUUUGGAUCCUGAAAACUUCAAGAACUUCAAACUCGUCGAGCGAAAGCAGCUGAGCCACAAUGUGGCCAAGUUUCGAUUCGCUCUUCCGACACCCGCUUCGGUGCUGGGACUUCCAAUUGGCCAGCACAUUAGCUGCAGGGGAAGGGACAAUCUUGGUGAAGAAGUUAUCAAACCGUAUACGCCGACAACUUUAGACUCCGAUGUUGGAUACUUUGAACUUGUUAUAAAGAUGUACCCUCAAGGAAGGAUGUCGCACCAUUUUCGCGAAAUGCGAGUUGGCGAUUACCUGUCUGUAAAGGGUCCGAAGGGACGUUUCAAGUAUCAACCUGGGCAAGUCAGGGCAUUUGGAAUGCUAGCCGGUGGAUCUGGGAUUACUCCGAUGUUUCAAGUUACAAGAGCAAUACUGGAAAAUCCAGAGGACCAAACAAAGGUUCAUCUAAUUUAUGCUAACGUGACAUACGACGACAUUCUAUUGAAGGAAGAGCUGGAUGCGCUUGCUAGCAACUACCCAAAGCAGUUCAAAGUCUCCUAUGUGUUGAAUCAGCCUCCCGAGGGGUGGAAUGGCGGUGUUGGCUUCGUCUCAAAGGAAAUGAUUCAAACUCAUUGCCCAGCACCUGCACCUGACAUCCAGAUUCUACGAUGCGGUCCCCCUCCUAUGAACAAAGCGAUGGGCGCACAUCUUGAUGAUCUAGGAUACACAAAGGAGAUGCAGUUCCAGUUUUAAGACCUUUUUUAAUAGGCCCGAGCUUGUUGAAGCCAUUUCAGGUGUUGAAGGUGAUCUAAAUUGAUGAAUAAAUAUACUUUAUUGUCUCUCAGCAUGUAUUGUUGUGUCUUUUCAUAGAAUUAGCGGCAUAAGCGAUAACUUAAUUUUCUUUUCUAAGACAUAAAAUCAGGAUAUUGUUGCUUGGGCAGCGCCUUCUUUUAUAGCAGUGCCAAUUCUCAAUCAUCUUAUUUAUA